AUGUCAGGGCAUCACCGCAUCACCCUCGCCGCCAAUCCCCCCUACUUCGAUGGCGACAAGUCCAAAUACCUGGGCUUUGUGGACGCGUGCACCACUUACAUCGGUGCCUAUCGAUCGGAGUUCUCGCAGGAUGAGACCAAAAUCCUCUUUGUCCUCUCCUACCUCCGUAACGAGAACGGCACGAGCUGCGCUGCCUCGAGAUGGGCAAUGAACUGGAAGCAGCACAACUUCGAGGGCUUCCAGGGACUGAAGGCAGGAGUCACAUCAAAGAACUUCCUGGAGGAGUUUCAGAGGGCGUUCGGGGACUCCAAUGCGGAACAAGUCGCCGCUGCUCGGCUUAUGGCCCUGCGCCAAAACAAACGGUCCUUCGCGGACUACAUCUCCGACUUUGAGAUGUUGGCCGCAGAUGCAGGCUACAAUGUGGUCGACACCACCGACGACAAAGGCGAAUACAAGAAGGGGGACCAGGAUAAUAUCCUCAUCGAGUUCCUGGAGCGCGGACUCAGCAGCGAGAUUGCCAGCCGUCUCUACAACACCGGUGUCCCUCUGCCCAAGGCCUAUGGAGCAUUCAAAGCCUGGUGCAUCAACAUCGAAGCCAAUGCUCUGCGUGACCAGCUGCGCAAAGCGUCGUAUGGGCACCCCACACAACGACCACCUCCCCAGUUCCGUCCCCAAGCGGCACCAGUGGCGCCCGCACCCGCUCCGGCCCGACCCGCUGCCAACGAACCGGUUCCGAUGGAAAUCGAUCGUACCCACGCCCGCGGCCGCAAUAUUAUCUGCUACAACUGUCAGCAGCCGGGGCACAUUGCGCGGAACUGCCCGGAACCAAGAAAGAAGCGCACAUUCUUCAAUCGGGCCACGAUGCUUGAAGAGAUCGAGAACGGGGACAAGGACAACGAGUUCCUCAAGGAGAUUGCCGAGAAGCUGCGCGAGAAGGGUUUUUGA